AUGUAUUACUUUCCAGAAAUUGCAAGCGAAGGUCUGAAGGGACGUGUGUACGAGGUAUCGCUUGGUGAUCUGAACAAUGCGGAAUCGGAAUUUCGAAAAAUGCGCCUAAUCUGUGAGGAUGUCCAGGGCCGCACAUGUUUGACCAAUUUCCACGGAAUGAGGCUUACACGUGACAAGCUUUGCUCGAUCGUCAAAAAGUGGCACACGCUUAUUGAGGCCAAUGUUGCUGUCAAAACUUCGGACGGCUAUUUGUUGCGUCUUUUCUGCAUCGGAUUCACGAAGAAAAAUGCUGGACAACUGAAGAAGACGAGUUACGCGAAAUCUUCAAAAAUAAGACAAAUUCGAGCUAAAAUGAUUGAAUACAUGCAGAAGGAGGUAAGAUUGUAUAUUUCUGUAUUGAAGCAUUUGUUCUGUGGUGUUUUGUUCAAGCAACGCUUUACUAUGCAUAGCUGCUGGUCUCUUUAUGGCCGCUAG